AUGUGCACGUUUGUUAAAAAAGCUAUUCGUGAUAAACGAUCAUUUGAUUUACGUAUUCAACGUAUUCAAGAAUUUCAAGCCUAUCUUGAAAACUCCGAUACACUCAACGUACUUUUCGAACAGUUUCAUGAAAGAUCUCAUGAAACUAUUCGAUCUGAACUUGCUCAUUGUAUUGGAUUAAUAGGCUAUGUUAUGUUAAAUGAAGGCGAACCAAAAUUUGCUGAAUGA